AUGCCUCCUCGCACUACCCGCAAGGCAUCCGGCGGAGCGCCACGCGCAACUGAACCAACCAGUCCAGCAAACAAGCGCAAGACCAAUGAACCCGCAGAGCUAAGCUCUCCAGCCAGGCGAUCGAAACGAGUCAAGUCAACGGACGAGCUCAAAGCCGUGUCCGCGGGGUCCGCGAAAGCCAACGGAGCCGUCAAGGAAGAGGUUAAAGAGGAGACCAAGGUCGCAGUGGUCGAAAAGGCAGAUGACAAACUUGCCGUGAUCGAGAAAAGCACCACGAAAAAGCGAAAGACGAAACAGGAGAAGGAGGCCGAGAUGUUGCCUCUGAGAGCGAGAACUCCGGGCUUGCGUAUGUUUGUCGGGGCGCAUGUUAGUGCAGCCAAAGGGGUGUUUAAUUCUAUCAACAACAGUACGCAUAUCGGUGGCAAUGCCUUUGCGCUUUUCUUGAAAUCGCAAAGGAAAUGGGACAACCCGCCCCUACAGGAUGACCAUCGCGAUCAGUUCCGCAAGCUCUGCGCAGAGCAGAACUACGACGCGGCGCAACACAUCCUCCCUCACGGCUCCUAUCUCGUGAACCUAGCCCAAGAAGACAAAGCCAAAGCCAAGCAAGCCUACGACGCAUUCCUCGAUGACCUCCAGCGAUGCGAAGCCCUCGGCAUCAAACUCUACAACUUCCACCCCGGCAGCGCCAACCAAACAACCCACAGCUCAGCACUCGCCCGACUCGCCAAAGCGCUCACCGCCGCCCUAACCGCCACGACGAGCGUGAUCCCCGUCCUCGAAACGAUGUGCGGCCACGGAUCCACGAUCGGCGGCAAGCUCUCCGAAUUCCGGGACCUCCUCGCGCUGAUCCCCUCCGAUCUACACCCCCGAAUCGGCAUCUGCAUCGACACCUGCCACAGCUUCGCAGCAGGCUACGACCUCUCCUCACCCGCUGGGUUCAAGUCCUUCCUCUCAGAAUUCGACUCCCUGAUCGGCCUGCACCACCUCCGCGCCUUGCAUCUCAAUGACUCCAAAGCCCCCAGGGGCAGUAAGCGCGACCUGCACGCGAACAUCGGCACGGGAUUUCUGGGUCUUCGCGCGUUCCAUAAUGUCAUGAAUGAGAAGCGGUUCGAGAACCUGCCCAUGGUGCUGGAGACGCCGAUUGAUCGGCCGGAUCCUUCCGCCAAGGCCGGGGCUAAGAAGACGAGCACAGUGCCUGAUCCGAGGGUGUGGGCUGAGGAGAUUGCGCUGCUGGAGUCGUUGAUCGGGAUGGAUCCGGAAGGGGAGGAGUUCAGGGCUCUGGAGAGCAGGUUGUCCGAGGAGGGGAAAGAGAUGCGCGAGAAGCAGCAGGAGCAGUAUGAUAGGAAGGUGGAGACGGAGAAGAAGAAGCAGGCGAAGGCGGAACAGCGGUCGUUGAUGGAUAUGAUGGGUGGGUCGAAGGGGAAGAAGGAGAAGAAGCAGGAAGAGGAAAGUGAGGAUGAAGGGUGUCAGAGUCAUUCUGAGGAUUAG